GACGUCACUCUAGCCCCGCCCCCUUAUGUCGAUUCCUUAUAAACAAGCUCAGCAGCUAAUCGAUUCACUUGUGCGAUAUUGUUUUACAACGGGUUCAUCUUCGCCGACAGCACCAGGAAGAAGAAAAAAAUGGGAGUAGUGACAAUACGAGUGGAAUACUGCGGCAACUGAGGCUACGAGCCCCGCUAUCUGGAGCUCGCCCGAGUCGUCAAGGGCGAGUUUCCCGAUGCGGACGUGUCGGGCUUCGUGGGCCGCAAAGCCAGCUUUGAGAUUGAGAUCAACGGGCAGCUGGUUUUCUCCAAGCUGGACCUCGGAGGAUUCCCUUACGAAGAUGAUGUGAUGGACAUCAUCCAGAAAGCUCAAGAUGGAAAACCUCUGAUGAAGAUCACCAAGAGCCGCUCGCCGUGCGUCAUUAUGUAGACAUACGUGUGCGGCCGGACUAGACCGGGCUUUCCCCUAAAGUUUUCUGCUUUAACAUUUUUUUUUUUUUUAAUGUGAUUAAUCCUUACAAAUUUGGACUGCGCAGCCAUUUUGUGGAAAGCCCGACUCCCCCUCUUUCGCUCUUGACACUGAACCGCGGGGCCGCUAAUGACUAGCGCUGCCGCAAAUAAGCCACGCGGCUGUGCUACGAUGACUUCCCAUGCCCGACGGUUAUGCAACUCGUCAGGAGCGGUCGACGAGGAGAAUGUGUUUUGUUUUAAUUGAAUGCGAGGUCAGUAAGAAGUCAUGAAUUUACUUUUUUCUUAUUAAAUAACGGUUUUCAGAUGCUGUGCUUGCAAUGACUAAAUGAAUAAACUCACUGGUUGCAAUAGUG